CCGUCUGCUCUCCAGUUUCAGUAUGGCGGCCGGGACUUGCGGAGGAGGACAACUUCUUCUAGCUUCUUUCCAGCAAAUUGCUGGAAGGCGGCGGCUAUAACACAAACCCACCUCGCCGAACACGUCUUGGACUGUGAUAGACGACGACAGCGCCACCGAGGACCUCCGGAGUUCACCCCCCAGGAAGAUAAUCGUGUUGGUGUGAUGCGAGGAGAGCCGCAGUCCAGAAACUCAACAGAUUUUUUUCCGCGUCUCCCUCCGCUCUGACUGUCAGUUAGCCGGCUAGCUGCUAGUUAGCUCACCUUCAUGCUAUCGUUCGCCUCCGGGGGCUCUGCUGUAGCCAAAUACACUUUAGUUUGCGGUUUUCUUUCCCACUGGAGACAAGUAUGGCACACUGCUUCCCUUCGGUAAGCGAACUGGUUGAGAAGGGCGAGGAGAAAACAUUUGGGGACCUGAAUGAUAACUUUGUCAGCACUCAUUAGCCUAGCCUCAUUAGCUUGUUUGGUCCAACGCCAGGAAGCGUUGGCCGAGACUUAGCGCUUCAAUUAGCAUCUUAGUGGUACAAGACAACCUGCUAAUCCCCAUUUCAACCCGGCUCGGUGUAUUUGAAGCACUAAUCCAGACAAAGUGGACACUGAAUUGCUUUAGUUGGCCAACCUGACCAGCAGCGUUUCGUAACUCAGGGGGUGUUUCUGGCUUUUCAGUCUUUCUAGGUGUCGUUAGCGAUCUCUAGGUGUUUUUUUUAAGCGGGUGGUCACGUCGGGUUCCCUGUAUCAGGGCAACAAGGUCACCCCGAUUAUCAUGUUCAGAYUGACAUACAGGCUGCAGACGACGCUCAGCUAAAUCGUUGUUGCAUAUUGGUGUGGUCUUGUUAUCCUGCCUGCUGCAGGUCGAGACAUCACAGCUCCAUAACGCCCUGAUUAAAAGCCCAGACAUUAAAACAGGUUGACUGAUUCUUGCUUUAAUUUCUUGGCUUCUGCUCCAGCUGCUCAAAAAGGACUAAACCAGAUCAAGUCUGGCAACACCACUGGUUUCACUUGCUUGAGUAGUUUGAUGGACGUGAGGGGCUGUUUGCCACACUGUCAGGGCUAUACUCAGUCAUGUAUGUCUUGACACAUGGCACCUUGGUCUGUACAUAGUGUUUGCUGUUGGAUGUGAGCGUCGUAAUGUAGCUCUAGAGAGGAGUGGGUGAAAAGGAAUGUCUCGUCUUUUUUAUACCUGUUAGUUUGUGUUUUUUUUUUUUCUCGAACACAGGAGAGUCUUGUUCAUUCAAAGUGGGGGAAGCUGUGUAGUCGGGAGUGUGUACAGUGGACAAUGCUUAUCAGUUAGUGCCUAGAAGAUUACACAACUUAAGAGAUCUGCCUGCCUGCCUGCACACACAAGGCCGUAGAUAUUGUAGAUUAUUCAUUCGUUGCGGGAUGCACCAAAACCCUGCCAACCUGGAUCAAGAAAACCUGUCUCUUGUGUCUGGUUGGAGUAACACCCUCAAGCCAAAAUCAAUGCCUUCGGCGCUGGCCGUGUUCACCUGCCGACCCAACUCGCAUCCAUUCCAGGAGCGGCAUGUGUACCUGGAYGAGCCCGUCAAAAUCGGCAGGUCGGUGGCUCGGUGCAGGCCAGCCCAGAACAAUGCCACCUUUGACUGCAAGGUGCUGUCCAGGAAUCACGCCCUUGUAUGGUUCGACCACAAGACCGGAAAGUUCUACCUGCAGGACACUAAAAGCAGCAACGGGACGUUCAUCAACAGCCAGAGGCUGAGCCGCGGCUCGGAGGAGAGUCCGCCCUGCGAGGUCCUGUCCGGUGACAUCAUUCAGUUUGGCGUCGAUGUCACCGAGAACACACGCAAAGUCACACAUGGCUGCAUCGUGUCAACAAUCAAACUCUUCCUACCUGAUGGGAUGGAGUCACGCCGGAGAAGCGAUGUCAUCCAGGCUCCGUUACCACUUCCUGUAGACAAGGUUGCAGCCAACACUCCCAGUAUGUAUUCUCAGGAACUGUUCCAGCUCUCCCAGUAUUUACAGGAGGCCUUACACCGAGAGCAGAUGUUGGAGCAAAAGUUAGCCACUCUGCAGCGUCUGUUAAGCACCACACAGGAGGCCUCGGAGAGCAGCUGGCAGGCUCUGAUAGACGAGGACCGUCUGCUGUCCAGGUUAGAAGUGAUGGGCAGUCAGUUACAGGCUUACUCAAAGUCGCAGCCAGAGGAGGGGAUCCGUAAGGAGCUCCUGGCUCUUCAGGAGGACAAACACAACUAUGAGACGACGGCAAAGGAGUCCCUGAGAAGAGUCCUGCAGGAGAAGAUCGAGGUGGUCCGGAAGCUGUCGGAGGUUGAGCGCUCGCUCAGCAACACGGAGGACGAGUGCACCCACCUGAAGGAGAUGUCUGAGAGGGGUCAGGAGGAGCUGAGGGAGCUGGCCAACAAAUACAACGCUGCCGUCAACGAGAUCAAAGAGCUGACCGACAAAAUCAAGGUGGCGGAGGGCCGGCAGGAGGAGCUGACCCAGCAGGGAGUGAUGGAGAAGAAGGAGUUGGAGUUGCGGAUCGAAGAGAUGGAGGAGAAGGAGCAGGUUCUCCAGGCUCGCAUCGAGGCUCUGCAGGCCGACAACGACUUCACCAACGAGAGACUCGCCGCCCUGCAGGUGCGGUUAGAACAGCUGCAAGAGAAAAGCGUUAAAGAAAACAACAGUCUGGAUGUGGACAUUGUCUCCCUCGGACCGGUAGAGGACCCUGUCGAAGACAAACAGAACCUGCAGACACCUGAGAGCCAGGACCGGGACGAGAGGGACUCAGAUACUGAUGAUGGGGCAGUUGGUGGAGCUCGAGAUACUGAUGACAACUGUCUGGUCAACAACAGCGGAGGAGACUCCACUAGAAUCCCUCAGUUGAUUGAGUGUCCGCCCGUCAAACAGUUGAAGGAGUCUGUGAGUUCUUCAAUAAACAAACUGGCUAACUUUGAUGAAGUGAUGGACGCUCACCUGCAGAACAACCAGACUGAAGAAGACGACAUCCUGGCCAGCCCCGACCGACUCAAAGCCAAUCAGAUGGACGCCAAAGAGUCGGACAUGUCCGACACCCUGAGUCCCAGCAAGGACCGCAGUAGCGACGACACGUCAGACGGCAACAUGAACGAGCAGGAGCUGAACGAACCUCAGAACAGAGUAGCUCUGCUGAAAGCUGAGUUAAGUCGGGCCGGGUUAGAGCCCGGGGACACGGAGCGGGUCAUCAACCAUCUCCACAGAGAACUGCUAGAAGCCCAGGAAUUAGCCAACACCGGCAAGCAGAAAUGUCUUGAGCUACAAGCUCUGCUGGAGGAGGAGAGGAGGACUAACUCUAAGUUGACCGAGGAGUCGACCAAACAGAUCCAGUACCUGCAGACUCAGCUGGAGAAGCUGCAGGCCGACAUGGAGGCACUGAGGGAGCAGAGGGAGAGCACCAUCUGCAGCACCAGAGAGGAGCUCUACUCCGCCCAGGAGGAGGUUCUCGUCCUGCGACACGCCAUGGAGGCGGCCACGGCGGAGCGGGAGCGGGAGAUCGCCGCCCUGCAGGCAGACGUGGGUAAGGUGCGCACUGAGCUGGAACACUGGAGGACCACGGCCGCCAAAUACGAGGAGGAGAUCAGCCGGCUGCAGGGGGCGUUCUCCCAGCAGCAGCUGCAGCAGCACACUGCCAGCCAGCUGCAAACGGAGUGCGUUACGUUGCACCAGCGGUGCUCGUCUCUGCAGCAGGAGUGUGACGGCCUGAGAGCAGAACGGACAACUCUCACAGAUAAACUGCACCUCCUGGAGGCGGAGCUCAGCAGCACCAGGCAGAAGAGUCAGGUCCUCAGCAGCAGCCUGGAGUCUCUGGAGAAGAGGGAGGAGGUCUUGCAGGACAAACUGGGGUCUCUGGAGAACCAGCACCUGCAGGAUGCGAGCAGACUAAAGAGCCAGCUGGACCAGGCCCAGGCCCGGACUCACACGCUGCAGAAAGAGUAUGAAGACACUCAGCUGCAGCUCCUGGACCUCCAUCAGCGCUACGAGAGGACGGAGCAGGAGAAGCUGAACAUCCACCAGGAGCUGGAGCAGUGCCGGAGCAGCCUGAAGCUGCUGCAGGACAAAACCAGCUCUCCAUCCAUAUUGCAGCCUGUCCAAGCCAUAUUCAUGGGCCUUGUCCUGGCUCUGCUGUACUGGUGUUUCGGCCAGUUGUGGUAGAAAGAGCGGCUGGAGCCCCUGGAUGCCGGUCAUCGCAGUGAUGGUCGCCGUGACGGCCGCCAUCCUCUACCCCAACCUCUCCAAGAGCAGCUCCGCCUGAAAGCCCGAGCCGCGAGGACAGCGCCACCGCUUUACUUGUAUAAAGUCUAAUUGUACAUAAUUGUAGAGGGAUUAUAAAAAGGUUGUGGUUUCUACAGAGGACUCGGAUACUUCCUGGUUUAUUUUGUUUUCUAAGAGGAGUUUCGUUGUCAUUUUUACUCUCGGGGCUCUCUGAGACGUGGUGGGGGCGGUUUUAGGUUUUUGUGUUUGGGUAAAAAAAAAAAACGAUAAAGCAGACAAAAACACUCAAAUCUGAUUCUUUCCAGCAAACUUAGCGCCGUCAGGGAAGCAUGACUCAGCGUUUAUUUUAAAAUGUUUAACCUGAGGCGUAAGAGCAUGUUGGUCUUAAUGUUUCAAAUCCACAUUAAGGAACUCAUGCAGGAUAUCAAAUAAAACUAAAAGAAAUAAAAUAACCUGACUUAUGAGAAACAUUCAAAUUGUUUUUUUUUCCAGUAAAUAUAUUUAAAUGUAAAAGUUUGUAGCUGCGUGUAAACCUUGAACGUCUGCUCGUCUGCUGGAAAGUUUUCAGGAAGUUCUGCUUCUCAGUUCUGUUUCAGCCGUACGGUUUCUUUUUUUUUUUUUUUUUCGAGGGAGUUCGGGGGUUAAAACUUGAAGCCAAAUUAUUUUAAAGAAAUAGGUUUUUUUUUCUUCUUUACUCUUCAGAUUUUUUGGGGCACAGAAAAACCGGGGGGAUGUAAGUGCCUCUGAUGUAACUAACAAACACCACAAUUUGUGUGUGAAAAAACACUUAAUCAAACACACACACACACACACAUACGGAGGCCUGUUGAUGUUCAAAGCAUCUGUUGAGUUUUUCAUUAACUUCAUUAAUUACAAUAUUCUGCUCAUUUAAUAACUAAAACUUUUAAUACGACAAUUUUCAACUUCUAAGAGCAGGACGAUUAUUAAAUCCUUUCUGAGAAGAUUUCUUGUAAUGAAAGUGUUUCAGCCCUCAACAGUUAAAUUGGUUGAUAAAAUUAGUUAUUUUUGGGUUUAAAUGUUUAAAAGUUUCAUCAGAUUAAGAAAACAGUUGUUACUCAUCUGAGGCAAAUUUAAAUAUGUAAAUGAUUAAUCCAAAUUUAGUCCUUUAAAUAUGAAUUUCUGAGUCUGGAACAAAAAAAAAUUAGAUUUACAGGAAAUGCAAGUUAGAAAAUGUUAUUAAAUUACAUAAAAAUUAAUUUGAAGUGUUUCCUCCACUCACUUUAAGUCUUCCAUCUGUGUGUUUUAGAACUGUUUAUUCCUCCUAAAAGUUGCCUUUUGUGUCUUAAAUCUCCAUCUUUUAGUGAGUAAAAUAAAAGAUGAUAAUUUUGGACGAGUUUUGUUUCGCUCCAACACUUCGGGCCUCCRUUGGAAGUUUUAAAAAAUCUUUCCAAGCUGUGUGUUUCGGUGUCAGUUCACACUUUUGGACUCUUCGUCAUCGUCUGUGUACUCUUGUCUCGUCUCCGUGUUGAAAAAUAAAAUAAGUGACAGCGAACAAAUAUUCCUGAUGUUUAAAGAGAGAGAAAAAAACACUAAAGUACAGAUAGAAUUGUAAAAUAAAAUGUAUUUGAAUGAUGUGCAGCUAGACUUAUUUUGUUAAAAUUGUUUAGAGAUAAGAGGGGGUGUAGAGAACCUGAUGUACUGAAUAUGCAGAGAAACGUUUGGAUUAAAGUUGUAGCAAGCUGACCCACCA